AUGUCAGCGAGUGUGGACGAAUUGACCUGCAGAUUCGUUGGCAAAAAUGGAAAGAAAUAUGAAAUUCAUGCAAAUAUUACCGAGACAUACCCUAACACACCACCGGUGUGGUUUGCUGACAGCGAGGAUCCUAUUGUGACAAAUGCCGUUCAGAUACUUAGCAACACACAAGGCAGAGAUAAUCAUGUAAUAAAUCAGGUGGGUAUAUUAUUACGAGAAUUAUGCAAAUUACAUGGUGUGCCAGAGCCUCCAGACUUGGACUCAUUAUCACUCCCCGUCCAUCCUGCACCACAACAAAGAGUACCAAGUGUCACAUCAAAUGGAGCAGAAUCGGGCACAGAAGAGGAUGAAGAGAUGGCAGCCGAGGAGGACGAGUCUGAAGGAGAGGAUGACUUGCCGUUAGAAAUGGUUGAUGAUGCAGGACGCAGUGGCAAGGAUGAUAUGGAGACUGAGCACCUGGCAACAUUAGAACGGCUGCGCCAAAACCAACGACAGGACUACUUGUCUGGCAGCGUCUCUGGCAGCCUGCAGGCCACUGAUAGACUUAUGAAAGAGUUGAGGGAUAUAUAUCGUUCUCACUCAUUUAAAAACAAUAUGUACUCUAUAGAAUUAGUGAAUGAUUCCCUAUAUGAAUGGAAUAUAAGACUACGUUCAGUAGACCCGGACAGUCCGCUUCACAAUGAUCUGCUGUUGUUGAAGGAGAAAGAAGGCAAGGACUCCAUACUGCUCAACAUCAUGUUUAAAGAGACAUACCCAUUUGAACCACCCUUUGUUCGCGUCGUUUAUCCUAUCAUAUCAGGUGGUUACGUGCUGGUUGGCGGUGCAAUCUGUAUGGAACUGCUGACGAAGCAGGGCUGGUCGUCCGCUUACACAGUGGAGGCUGUGAUAAUGCAAAUCGCCGCCACCCUGGUAAAGGGCAAAGCGAGGAUCCAGUUCGGCGCCACGAAAGUGGUGACGCAGACGCAGUACAGCCUAGCGCGCGCCCAGCAGAGCUUCAAGUGCCUCGUACAGAUACACGAGAAGAAUGGUUGGUUCACACCGCCCAAGGAGGACGGU